UUAAUUGGCUUAAGUGACGAGGGGCUUGAAGAUACACCCAAACCUCUCCUGGUUAAAGAUCAGACCACAAUCAGCAGACUAGAGAAACAAGCCGAGGAAUUUCUCAAUGCAGUCCUCUGCAGAAAAGAUGUGCCAAAUUUCUCGGACCCACACAUUCCUGUAGUGGCUCGAGAGAUCCUUCAGAGAAUGAUCCGACAAUUUGCUGCCGAAUAUACCUCAAAAACCAGCCCCCCUCAGGACAGUUGCUCAGAUUCUCAGCCUCACUCUGACCAAAGCCUGCCGACCCCACCCUUGCUCUCAGGGGCUCCUCCUCCUACCAGCCCUGCCGACACAGUGGCUGGGCCUGCACACAACCAGAACCCCGUCCUUAGCAAGCUCCUCAUGGCCGACCAGGAUGCUCCUCUUGACCUCACCAUCAAGAAGCCCCCGGCUGUGCCUUGUGACCAAGAUGGAGUUCUUGACUUGUCUAUCAAAAAGAAUCGCUACAGCAGUGGCCUGUCUGUCCGUAGUCCCUACCUUUCUCCAGCCACAUCCACCCUCAAAGGGCGAUCCUUGAGAGCGGACGGACAAGUCGGGCUGUUUAUGAGGAGCCUACAGGAUGGGAGGAGGAGGGAGAAUAUCGGCCACUCCAUCCGUUAUAAGCCUUCCUCGUCUCUUGCAUACUCGCUGCACAUCAAAGAGGAGGCCGAUCUGGAGAGCGACCCAGAGUCACCUCUCAGCCAUAACCAGGGCUCCAGACCCACUGACCUUUUCAGAAAUGGAUCUGCUUCCCGGAAUUCCAAAGCUCAUUUUGGGGCCCUCUUCAAACUCAAAACCAACAGUGAGGCUACUGAGCGCCUUAAAGACAUACCCAGGUUGUUGGAAGCGGCUGGACUUUUGACAAAGUCACUCGCCUAUGAGAAAGGAAACCUCCGGGAGGCAUGCCGAGACCGCAGCCUCCCCCUUUCUCAGUCGCCAUCUUUCGGCCUCAAGAUUCCACAGGUGCGGGUUUUGGCCACAGGAACAGACCCGUCUUGGGAUUCCCUGUCCACCGAAUAUUCAGGUUCGCUUUGUGAGAACGGUGUGGGAAAGGCACUUCGUUCCAUUCUGCCCAGGCAGAGCCAGAAAAAGAGCAGUGGAGGGUUUAGUAGCUCAGGUUUGGAGAAGGAAUACUGGCCUUACGACACUGACCGCCAAGCCUUGGGGGGGAACUAUCCUCUGGAUUCGGAGUCAGACCUAGGUAACAAGCAGCCAAGGAAGAAACGCGGGCGAUAUCGACAGUACAACACCGAGCUACUCGAAGAGGCUAUUCUGGUGGUGAUGGGUGGGAAAAUGAGUGUGUCUAAAGCCCAAUCGAUCUAUGGCAUUCCACACAGCACCCUGGAAUACAAAGUAAAAGAACGACUGGGGACCUUGAAACAUCCCCCCAAAAAGAAACUGAAGCUGAUAAGCCAGGUAGAGGAACAGGAUGUUUCAAGGUCCCCCGAGAGGCAAGAAUUCCAAAAGUCCCAGCACAUUGUUUCUGAGAAGAGAGAGAGUGCACCUGAAGAGAAUGGAAGUGAUCUCCAUGAUGGAAACCUCUCCUCAAAUGAGUGAUCUAACUGUAAAGUACUAAUGAUGUACUUCUUGACCAGACAGAUGUUGCAUUUGCCAGAUGGUGGUAGAAGCUGACUUGUUUUUCCAUAAAACCUUAGUAGUAAGUAAAUCGAAGUACCCAUAUUUAUUAUGAACUUAUUUAAUUUUACCCCAACAUUUGCUAAUUAAUACACAAUUAUGUUUGUGUAUGACCAUCUAUCUGAAACACUCCAAGUGUGUCCCUGCCCUGUAAAUUAUGCCUUUAAGGUAUAGUUGCUAAUUGUUAAGAAUUUGAAUAUAUUUAUUCAUUUAGUUUGUUUUUGUAGGUUAUGUUUAGAAAAUAAUCACUCCUGGCUCUAUAAGUGUGUUCUGAAAACAGAGCCAAAUCGAAUCAUUUCUAAGGAAGUGGCGCCCCUCAGUGUUGUCUCACAGUACUGUUCAAAGCUCUUAAGUUUUUAUUUUUUGAUUACUUUUACUAUGUGUAAGCCCUGUAAGUACAGGUGAGAGCAUAUUACGCACCCAUUAUUGUAAAGUGUUUAUGGAUGAUAGUGAAAGUCUCUGUCACUGUUUUGCAAAUGCACUUCUAUGACUGAAAUAGACGAGAAGAAAAGAUGUAAGGAAAAACCAGUAUGUCCAAACACUAUGAUCCAAAACAUUUAUUUAUUGUUCUAGUCUGUUGCAACAGCAUGGUGUGUUGUCCAGGAUUUUAACUUUCCUUUUGAAUCCAAAUUAAGCUUAUCUUCACAACCAUGACUGGUUUUUGCCACCUAUUUUUUGUUCUGUAUUUUUGCUGUAUUAGUUUUUUUCCAUUGCCUUCACUGCACUCAGGAUAAAUUCAGAUUGGGAUGCAGUACUUGUCAGUCAAAGAAAAUGUCUAACAGAUAACAGAUUACUGUACUCACAUAAAUAUACCUCAGCUACAGAUAUGCUUAACUAAAUAAUUGCCUCAUAUAAGUCACCUCUAACAGGGAAGGAUAGUACACCCAAAUACCCUUUUGAGGUAACAUUUCAGGAUGUCUUCCUGACAAGUAUGUGUGUCCUACUCUAUGUCUUUACAACCUACCACAAUAAGUUAUCAGUAGCAUUUCAGUGCCAGGUUACGCCUUCAGAGCAUUUCAUUUCUGUGUGAUUUAGGGCUUAUCUUUUUCAGAUUUCAGGUAUUAUCUCUGGGAUGUCUUUCUCUAAGACUAUGAGAAAGACAUAAUUUCUCUUUGGAUCUUAAAAAUAAUGCAAAAACAUUGUCUUUCUGUACAUAUGUAGAACAUAAUAUACAUAUAAAUGCAUACAUACACAUCUUUCUUGCUUGUGGCACAUGAUGAAGAAUUGUCUCUUCAGGUCAAUUAAUAACACUCACCUGGUUUGUGAAGAUGAUAUUCCGUUGUAGUGACCUAAUUGCUCACAGUCACAAAUGGUGCACUAGCUUAAAUCUUGCUAGCCGAUAAAUCCUGACUCUCUAACAUACAUUCAGGUAUUUUUGAAAAUAAUCAUUUCAGGUAAACAAAAUAAAAUCAGUCCUGUGUUCAUGUAAGUCUAAAUAAAAUCUAGGUGCAGAAUUGUAAUUUUUAGAAGCUCUGAGCUCAACAGGUCAUUGUUUUAUAAAAAACAGAACUUUAUCAAGCAAUAUUAGUAGAUGGAGCCUAGAUGGAGCCUACUGUACUGGCUGACUGUGCUAGCAUGCUAACACUUGCUCGCUAGCAAGUUAGCAAACUUGUUAGUCACUGUUACAAUCAUGCCUCAAUCCACACUCACCUAUUUUUCAAGUUACUAAGGUGGAAAUUCAAUGAAAAUAUGUUUCUCAUCCCUUAAGGGAAAAGUUUAUUUGAUAUAAAAUAUUAUCUUGGUCUGCAUUGAAUUUUAGAGUCCACUUAGAUUUGAUCAACUUUUAUUGGCUGUGAUUACCUUUGUGCAGUAACAGACAAACCCAGACUUUCUAUGAUUACAUUUUGGUAACUGUGUGGAUCAUAGCUGAUAUUUCAUAGUAUUUUUUUUAUUUACAAAAAAGUGACACCAUUUCUUAAAAAUCAAUUCUGCUACUAUUAACAGAAGGUAGGAUCAUGGUGCUGUUUUUUAGUAAGGUUAAAAACCUUUAAAGAAAGCCUGCCCCUAGUUUCCAUUGCAUGCAGUUUUCAUUGAAUUUUUGCCUGGUGGACUCAGCAGGGGGGAACUCCAUGUUGCUCUGCCUUGUCCAUUAUUAUGCUCUAUCAGGACACCUCAUUGUGCAUUAUCACUUAUACCUCAGGACAUUCCAGAAUAUGGGAUCAUGGCCCGUUAUUCUUUUAUCAGGUUGAUACACAUCUCUAGCAAAUCUUUGCAAAUCUUGCAGCCUUUUAGGUGUACACAAUGUUGCUUUGAUGAACGUGGAUGUUUUGAUUAAAGAAAUGAUUCCUUAACUGCAAGCAUUUAACUCAGAUUGUAAACAUUUUAAGUCGGAGUUGGUUCAGAAGUAAAAUAUAGUUCAGGGACUUGCACACUUCUACUGUAUUUAAUAACACUUUAACAAUAUUAUAACUUUAUGUUAGAUGGUAAACUUACUGACUAAUUUAUCUCUUAUUCUCUGCCACUAAUUGUUCUAAAUGCAGGUAUUCUUUAGUUGUUUUUUUUUUUCAAUGUUUUGCAUUUCCUCUCACUUUAAGGUAAAAACCUUCAUUAUUUGUAACAGAUUAACCACUCUCAUUUGCAUAUAAUUUUACACAUAUUCACAAAAUGUCUAAAUAACUUGGUCGGUUGAAAAUACUGAAGCAAAGCAGUUGCUUCUAGUACAUAUUUGUGAUUGACUAAGAUCAUGUCACUGAUUUGCUGAUGUUAAUUUAAUUAUUCUUGCAUUGACAAUCAUCCAGCAUUACUCAAAAGUCCCACUUUCUCAUUCAAAGUGUUUAAUACAUUUUAAGUAAUACAUUAAGGACUUGCAAGCGCUUUAGGUUAAUUUACAGGUAAAACAUGUUCUUGCUCUCCUCGUUGUUUAUUGUAGCAAAUCUAAUGGUCGACUACCUCAUCUGGAAAACCCGUAUCACAGUCUACUGUACUCAUAGCUGUUUCAUGUAGCAAAUUCUCAUGUACACAACACACAGUUUGUUGUAAAAUUCUAUGAGUAAAGGUGAUCAGCUUAUAGAAAGAGCUGUCAUAAAGUUGAUAAAGACAGUAGAAAAAUCUGUCAAAGUUCAACCAUAUGUAAAUAUUUCAGUGUAUCUUUGUAGUUAAUUGCACCGUGAUCUACUUAUGUUUUCUUUUCUAAUGUUUUCUUUUCGGGGUGGGGAUGGAGCGGUGUAGGGGGCAUGUUGUUUUGACAGUCGUGACAAAAGCAUUUCUGAUGAUCUCCUGGUUUGGAGAAAACUAUUUGCUCCUAAAAUGGGGUAAGAGUUUGCUUCUCCUUUCCUACCUACUCAAACUGAUGAUUAUUUUGGAUUUAUUUUGAUAAUGCAGUAUUUAUUAAUCAAUAUUUAUAAAUUAAUGGUUUUAUCAUCACUUAAGUAACCAUGAAUGUAAAUGGCUUUAAUGCAACAAAAAAGUACUCAUGCAAGUUUAUAGACAUAAGUAGAUGCUUAAAAGAUAUAUUUAAGGUCAUACAUGAUAGAUGUGUAGGGAUAACAGUUGAUUGUCCCACUUUAUUCUGACACAAGUUGGGUAUCUUUUGCUUGAUUAAUAUAAUGUAUGAGGACAAAGUUCAACUGCAAAUUGUAUCGCUCUUCAAAUGACUAAAGAGUAUCCAUGUCCAUAAAGUAUAUACAGAUUUUGUAUAUUUGAUUUAACAUUUAUAAUGUACAAAGGAAUGACACUGGGUAUAUUUUGCAUGAUUGGACUAAAUCAUAUGUGUCAGUGGGAAGUUAGUUGUAUAUGGUGAAGUUUAUCUUUGAGGAUGUUUUACUGAAAAUACUGGCGUGUUGGUGUGUUUACCGUCAAGUCAACAAUGUAUCAAGUAGACUAAAUGUGAACCUGAAAUACCAGUUCAAAUCUGGUUAAUGGUUCAUUGAAGAUGUAUGAUAAAAUCUCCCAUACAAUAGCUCAUAAUUGCCAGAUUAUUUGUAUCUCUAAUGUACAGUAUAUGAACAUUGCGGAUGACUUAACACAUCCAUGUUUGUGUGCUUGUGAAAUUUUGUGGAAUUGAGUUGUAAUUUGGUUUGCAUCUGAUUGUCAGAUUGGUUAUUUAAUUCCUCUGGAAGAAAAAGGCAUGUACUUUGUGUCAGUUCUUUACUGCAAUGCUAAGUGAAAGUGAAACCCUCAGGGAUGAAACAACUACCACUCGUUAUUCAGGUACUCCACUAUACUCCCUAAAGCAAGCAGGGAUGUUAAGUUGAUGAGCUUAGCGAAACGAAAAAAAUUGGUCAGGUUCCAGUUACAGCAAAUGUUAUUUUUCUAAUCUCUAAAAUUUAUUUUUAGAUCUCUAAAAGUUACAUUUGAGAUAUUUUGGCAUGAUAUACAAAUCAUUAUGUGUUUGGAGCCAAAAAAAAUCCCCUCAGUACAUCUUUUCACAAAUCUGUUACUAGCAUGGCAUUUGGCAAUGCAGUAUAUUUUAGUUCGAUUAAAACAUAAUUUUGCAAUGUAAUUGUCUUGUUGGUGCACAGUCUAGUCAACAGAACAUCAGAUUUUUUUUUUUUUUUUUUGUCUACGUGUUCAUCUUGUAGUUGCCAGCACCUCUUGCUCUGCAGUACACACUGUGUGCAAAGCUAUAUCUCUUUAUCAUUACACUACAUAGCCUUGUGACACAUCACCUCAGGAAUCCAGAUGUGGUUUCAUUUGUAUGUUCAUUUUCUUGGCCACAGUGUAGCUUGAGAAUGACUUUUUUAACAAUGAAAAUUCACUUUUCAGUGCUAUAAGAUAAAUAUAUUUUUGGCGUAAUGUGAUGGUAUAAAUGCUCCAAAGGUAUUGGAGGAUUUUGUAAUAGACCUACCUCACUGACUAAACUUUAGCCAAAAGACAGGAACAUGGGCCCCCAGUUAGAUUUGCAUUGGCACAAAAAAACCUCACAGGUAUUGGAGUAACUCAUUUUGCAUACGUUCAGUCGCUCUUGAUUUUUGUUUUACUGGUUAAUUUGUCUUAAGUUGAGCAGCACUUGUAUCUAAAUGUCACCCUUUGCACUAGUCAUGAAAUACAUGAAAACUUGACAAAAAUCAUGUACUCUAUAUUUCCUCCUCAUGUAUUUGCUCUUUCAAGUGAUAAACAUGUGUCUGACCUGUUUUGAUCAAAGUGGGCCACCAUUACUAAAUGUGUUGUGCAUGUGUGAAAUUUUCUUGAUGUAUACUGUAACAAAAAGCACCACUGUGCAAAGAAGAAAAGUAAUAGCUGUAACAAUGUUAUUGGUCAAGUUCACUGGAUGGAAGAUUCACAUUUAAAAUCACCUAUUCUUCUAAUAAAUAUGCAAUG